AUAAAGACCUCAAGCUUUUAGAGAGAGGAACAAGAGAGAGAAACUAAAGAAGGAAAGGGUUCACGAGGUUUGAUGGUAAUAGGUAAUUUGUCUCACACCGGCUCUGCAAAUUUUUGCCAAAAAUCGAAGCCUUUUCUUUCUUUUAAUUUACCAAGAAAGAAAGAAUCGCCAUUUUUAAUCAAUUCAGAGGUCGCUGAAGGAUUCACGGGCUGAAAAAUCCCAUCUUUCGGUCUCUUUCUCUCACCUGUCACCUUCCCAAAUCGAGGGUGGGAAUCGCGCCACGUCGACUCCAUCACCGGUUUCGGGUUCGAUCGUCUGGUCCUGAUUAGCCUUUUGCCUUUCAGUUUCUCUCUCUAGAAUGUGAGAGUAGGAGAGAGAAUUGAGGUUUGAUUGAGGAGGUGGUUGGGGUUGAGGUUGGGGUUAUAAAGAGGGAGAAUAGGAGAGAGAAAUGGAUCGAUCGGCGUUAACGGUUGGGCCAGGGAUGGACAUACCGAUUAUGCACGACAGCGAUCGGUACGAGCUUGUGCGAGACAUUGGUUCCGGGAACUUCGGCGUUGCCAGGUUGAUGAGGGAUCGACAGACUGACGAGCUUGUUGCUGUCAAAUACAUCGAGAGAGGUGAGAAGAUAGAUGAAAAUGUACAAAGGGAAAUCAUAAAUCACAGGUCAUUGAGGCAUCCUAACAUUGUCCGGUUUAAAGAGGUUAUUUUAACACCAACACAUCUGGCCAUUGUUAUGGAAUACGCAUCUGGAGGAGAGCUCUUUGAACGGAUAUGCAAUGCUGGGCGGUUCAGCGAGGAUGAGGCACGCUUUUUCUUCCAACAGCUUAUAUCGGGAGUGAGCUACUGUCAUGCUAUGCAAGUAUGCCAUCGUGAUCUAAAAUUGGAGAACACAUUGCUGGACGGAAGCCCAGCUCCGCGUUUGAAGAUUUGUGACUUUGGAUACUCAAAGUCCUCAGUGUUGCACUCACAACCAAAAUCAACAGUUGGCACCCCUGCAUAUAUUGCUCCUGAAGUGCUGCUUAAGAAAGAAUACGAUGGCAAGAUUGCUGAUGUUUGGUCAUGUGGGGUGACCUUAUAUGUCAUGUUGGUGGGUGCAUACCCUUUUGAGGACCCAGAGGAGCCUAAAAAUUUCCGCAAGACAAUACAUAGAAUAUUAAAAGUCCAGUAUUCAGUUCCCGACUACGUUCAUAUAUCUCCGGAGUGCCGCCAUUUGAUCUCCAGGAUUUUCGUAGCGGACCCUGCACAGAGGAUAACCAUUCCUGAGAUUAGGAACCACGAGUGGUUUCUGAAGAAUCUUCCAGCAGAUCUCAUGGAUGAAAAGACAAUGAACAACCAGUUUGAGGAGGCCGAUCAACCCAUGCAAAGCAUUGAUGAAAUAAUGCUGAUCAUCUCCGAGGCCACCAUACCCGCAGCUGGAGCCAACAGUCCCAACCAGUAUCUUAACCUGGACAUCGAUGACGACAUGGAGGAAGAUCUUGAGACGGAUCCUGACUUGGACAUUGACAGCAGUGGAGAAAUAGUUUAUGCAAUGUGAUUGCAAGGAAGGCAAGAGCAAGAGUCUUGGACCAAAAAUGUCAACUGCAUCUUCUGUAUCAAAGUCUGCAUCUUCUGUAUCAAAGUCUUUGGAUAAGUGAAAACAAGUACGGGGCUCUGUUUCAUUGUACUUAAGGAUUCUUUGGUUCGUUGUUGCAAAAUAAGUUGCUGAGAAUCCAACUUUCAGAUUGUCGUUUCUCCUAUUAGUUGACAUGCUUCUUCUAUUAAGUGGAGUUAUGUAUUGUUCUUUUUUUUCCCCCCAACUUCUACUUGUAACAACAGUAACCUAACAUGGCGAUGUGUUAAACCGUAACUAAAAAUUGUACCAUAAGCUGAAGCCAUUUGUGUC